AUUAUUAUUAUAAGUAAAUUGUAAAAUGGAAUAUAACAGUGCAGACGGUUCGCCAGGCUCUCCUCCAAGAAAUAAUUUAGAAACCGCCGAAUACGAUUUGUUACUGCCAGCAUGGAGUCAAGAAAACCUAAAGACAGCUGCUAUUCAUUUGAGGCUGUCUCGGCCAAGGAGCCUUGCUUGGGCCAUACUGCUGAAUGCUCUCCCUCCGCCUUCUCAAGAUAAUCUUGUAAAGAGUAUAAGAGCACACAGAAAUUACUAUGAAGAUCUUAAAUCGAAACUUUCUAUGGACCCUCGAACUGUGAUUGGUGAUGAUCCAUUAUCUCAGAAUGAUGAGAGCGUAUGGAAGCAACAUUUUUGUGAUAAUGAGUUGAAAGCAUUAAUUCUCCAAGAUGUGGUACGAACAUUCCCUGAUGAAGUAUAUUUUCGUGACCAACACAUUCAGGACAUGAUGGUCCGUAUCCUAUUUUUCUGGGCCCGAUCACAUUCAAAUACUGGCUAUAGACAAGGAAUGCACGAGAUUCUAGCACCACUCCUCUUCGAACUUAAUAUGGAUAGGAAAUAUGCACCAUCAAUUCUAAGCGGUACAUUAAAAUGCUAUUUGGACAGCAGCUACUUAGAACAUGAUAGUUAUAUGUUAUUCAGUACAGUAAUGAAAGGAUUAGAAAAGUUCUAUACAACGGGUGAUAUCGUUCCUUCAGCAUGUGGCAGAUUGCCUACGGCUACAACAAUUCAUAAUCCGAAUGAAGUAGUGCGAUAUUUGGAAAAGGUUAAAGAAGAAUACUUAUUGCAACUAGAUUCAGAGUUGGCUGCGCAUUUAACUAAUUGCAAUAUUACAAUGGAAUUAUUUGGAAUACGCUGGCUGCGCCUGCUUUUCGGGCGAGAAUUUCCACGCACUGAAAUCCCGCAGCUAUGGGGCUUUCUCUUCAGUGCUGGACCAUUACUACCUCACCUACACUACUUAUUGGUAGCGAUGCUGCUCGCUGUCCGCAACACGUAUUCGACCAUGUAA